AUGUUUGAUCCAGCCGAGACAAACGCCACGGAGAUCUUCCAACUCCAGAGAGCUGAUGACGAAGAAUCCAACAGAAGGUUGGACGCUAUGAAAGCCAUGGUUCCAAUGAAGUUAUUUUACAACCGGGUCUUGGAUGGUUGGAACUCUCUUGACGCCGAAGUGCAAUCCACUGUCCCAGUCAAUGACAAAGCUGCAGUGUUAAGAGCCUAUGCUUGGUUUGCAAUCUCUGUUGCUACCUCCAUCAUUGCCUGGCAGGAUCCAGGUUCGCCGCCGGCAAGUCCAUUAGUUACAUCUCUCACACAAGCCCCGAGGGCGAACUUGUAA